AUGGGAAUUGUGGAAGGAAAAGAAUCAAUUGAGAGAUGUGGUGGAAAUGGAAUGGUGUUUGAGAAGAUUCACCUGAGGAUGGAAUAUGUCAGCCCAGAAGGACUUCGCCUGGAUGGUCGCCGACCCAUGGAGAUGCGGCAAAUUCGGGCAGAGAUUGGUGCUGUGUCCAAAGCAGAUGGUUCUGCGAUAUUUGAGAUGGGUAAUACCAAAGUUAUUGCUGCUGUGUAUGGGCCUAGAGAGGUGCAAAAUAGGAGCCAAAUAAGCAACCAUGCUCUGGUUCGGUGUGAGUACAGCAUGGCUAAUUUUAGCACUGGAGAUCGCAUGAGGAAAUCAAAGGGUGACAGGAGAUCAACUGAAAUUUCUCUGGUUAUUCGGCAAACUAUGGAAGCAUCUAUACUGACACAUCUACUGCCUCGAUCCCAGAUAGAUAUUUAUGUCCAAGUUCUACAAGCAGAUGGAGGAACUAGAUCUGCUUGUAUAAAUGCUGCAACUUUGGCCCUUGCUGAUGCUGGUAUUCCUAUGCGUGAUCUUGUGACUUCCUGCAGUGCUGGAUACCUUAAUAGCACCCCUCUGCUUGAUUUGAACUAUGUAGAAGACAGUGCUGGAGGUCCUGAUGUAACUCUGGGAAUUCUGCCAAAACUUGAUAAAGUGACGCUUCUUCAGAUGGAUUCUAAACUUCCAAUUGACAUUUUGGAAAAUGUUAUGCAACUGGCAAUUGAAGGCUGCAAAGCAAUAGCAAACUAUAUUCGAGAAAUUUUAUUGGAAAACACAAAGCAACUAGAGUAUCGACGAGGUGUAUAG